AUGCCCCGACCAACUUCCUCCUCACUCCACCCGCCUCCGAUCGCCACCUCCGCCUCCUCUCCCAACCUCGCGUCUCACCUGAGUAGCAAUGAGAACCGGCGAACACGAAAUUCCUUCGGUAGUGGUAGCGGCGGGAUUGGUGGUAUCGGAGCGGGAGGAAAUGGGGGUGGCGGUGGAACCGGUGGUGGUGGAAACUGCGCCUUGACGGAUUCCGAUGAUGACGAUGCAAUAUCUUCCAGCAGUUCUUCGAUGUCAUUACCACUGAGCGGGGGGGGUUUCAAUGGGAUGGGAGGAAUUAGCGGUGGGAUGUUACACCCGAGCUCGUUUGCUCCGCCGUUUUACAAUCGGCCGCCGACUGUGAGUGCGCAUCGGUGUCCGCUCCCCUUGACCCUGACGCCCGGUGCUGAUGAAUCUCCCGUUUGAUGCUCUAGCCAUUACCACCGUCACCUUCACUAACUUCACUUUUACGCCCGCCAUUCACUCCCUCCCGUCCCACCACCCCCGACUCCUCCGACAGCGAAGCCGUCGCGACCUCCUCCCGAAUCGCCCAAUCCACGCCGCGAGCCGCGCCAAAAGUGCCCACAUACGAAUACUAUGGCUUCGUACUGUACCUCGUAUCCAGCCUCGCGUUCCUAAUAUACAUAAUUUGGUCGUUCGCACCAUCGCCAUUACUGCACGCUGUGGGAAUACACUACUAUCCCAGUAGAUGGUGGGCACUCGCUCUACCAAGUUUCCUGGUCAUGCUGGUGGUCUACAUCUAUGGUGCCCUGGCAGCUUACAACACCGGCUACUUGACGCGGGGGCUAGACCACUUGGAAUGCAUCGUUGACGACGCCGCAAAGAUCGCCAACGUCGACUUCGGCACCGAGCCCGAAGCCCCAGAGGACGAGAUUACGGGGAACAGCGGCGUGAGCGUCAACAUCGGCGGCAGCGGUGAAGAAGCCAUCUCGCCGAUAAGUCCUCUGGACGACGGCCUGGUGAUGAAGUCCCGUCGAGCACGCCCAAAAAAGGAGAAGAUAUCCGCCCGCAGGGGCCGGGCGGAGAGCGUCAGCGAGCGAUGGAAGGGCACGGGGGUGUUAGAGAAUGACGGGCAGAGGGAUUGGAAAGCUCUGUGGAAUAGAGGCACCGAUGCGGUUAUGGAUAUCCCCGUCGGAGGCGUGUGCGAGGUGCUGUACGGAGAUGGACGGGAGAGGGAGCAGUGGGAGAUUAAGCUUGAUGAGCAGGAUUGGGGGAACUUUGAGGUGGAGACCGAGGUUGAUGUGUUUUGA